AUGAAUGUUCAAGGAUUAUCCAAAACUGGCACAUCCUUCGAACAAUCUAUUACUAAAAGGGAUGACGGACUCGCCGUCGAGUUAACUCGCUUUUUCAAGGAGCUCGACAAAUUCGGAGUCCGAUUAUCAUCUCUUGCUCAUUUCGAGCUCCAUCCUCAUUGUUCGCUAUUCGACUCUCAACGAGAUAGUUCGUCUCAAAUGAGUCACUUGGCUCAGAUUGGAUUGCUUGCUCACAACGAGCGGCAGCCGACUUUGCAGAUCGUUCACAAAACGUUAGCUCGCGAGAAAUCUUCUCUCUUCCAAGAGGUGGGAUACUCGAAGUCGGGCUCUAAUCUGUAA